AGCUUUUCUGUGACAUUCAUGGCCUCGCGGAAGUCUUCGGGGUAGCAUGCGCCUUGGCGCGUGCCGCUGGCUGGGCGCUCAGAUCCGACGAGCCCCUGGGCGACCGGUGACGGCCAGCGCCUUCACCGGCGCUUCCGCAGCGGGCUCCGAUGCCAUCCGAAGCGCGGGGCUGUGGGAGCUCUUGGAGGCGAAUGGUCACUACUUCAACGCGCAUCGCAUGGCCGCCCUCUUGGCAGAGGUGCUGGAGGAGCCGCGUGGCAAAGCCAGGGGAGAUCCGAGGCUGCAAGCCUACCUGCAGAAGGCCAUCACUUCCUGCCAUUUGUACGAGAACCUGCGGGAGCUGACAGCAAAGGACAUUGCGGCUGCCAUCACUUCCUGUCGAGAGAUUGGGCAUCCCGCGGCAGAAGACCUGUCUGAUGUGCUGGUGGAUACGAUCUCAGAGCAGCUGCCUAGACUCUCGCUGGUCCGGGUGUCGUUCUUCAUCACCAACUUUGCCAAGCAGCAGAUAGAGGACACCCGCUUUUGGAAGUCAGCAGCUCGAGCCGUCGCUGACUCUUCUCAACCACUCACGCCACAGGUGGUGGUCAGCCUGCUGGACGCCUUCCGCAAGAGUGGCUUGCGCUCCGAGCGGCUCUUCCAGGCACUCGGUCGACGUUUGUAUGAAGUGCUAGACAACUUGGAGCCGGGGCACAUCCCACCCAUCGUGGCCACGCUUUGUCGUGUGCCCAUGAAGGAGGAGGACAAGGAGGAAGUAGUUCGCGCUCUUCUCACCCGGUGGCUGCUCAUGUUGCGCAAUGAGAAGGAGAAGUUCACGGGCGCCAUCACCAUUCAGCAGAUCCUCAGCUUGACCGUGUCUCUUGGAUUGACGCCGGACCUCGUGAACACAGCGGUCUUCACCAAAGAUGUGUCCCUCUACAUUGGCAACCGCUUCCAUCUACUCCGUGCGGAUGAGAUCAUCGUGUUUUUGUGGGCCUUCCAAAGAUUGGUGAUCCCUCGAAGCUCCACGGCCUUCCUUUCGCGCGGCCUACACCAGGUGCAUCACCUGUGGAAGCUGCUCACUGCAUCCUCAGAGCUGAGCUUGCAGCGCUUGAUACAACUCUCUGAUGUCCUCAACAGCGUCAGGCAUGAGGGGAAAUCUUCACCUCCAUUCUGGACUCCCGAAUUGGAGGAACUGCAGGAGCUUGCCAUUGAGGACUUGGUCGAGUCUGUGCAGUACUGUCAGUCUGACAGCCUUGCCCAAAUUCUCGAGAUUUGGGCUGGCAGCGAGGCCUUCUGGCAAGAACACAAGGAAUUCGGAGAGGCUAUAGCAAAGCGGAUGGAGGAGUUGCUCUUGGAGGGCGAUGUGAAAGAGAUCAUUCCUACCAUGCAGGCUGCUUUGGCUGCUCCUGGCCUUGUGAAAUCCUUGCCGGAGAGGGCGUUGCAGGUACUAUCAGCUGCACUGCUUAGUCGGAGCUCUGAUGAGUUUGAGCGAGUUCGAGCGGUUCUUUCAGGCAGCUUUUGGGAGGUACUUUGUCCUCCAGGAGCUGGAAGAUCGUCCUCUUCCAGCGAUACUGCAGGGUCUCGGCCGAGAGAGUCACAGGGUCCCUCCGAGUUUCGAGCCUUGCUGGACUCUUGGCGAUAUCCCAGGACCGAGAUGGAUCUUGCCCAAUUCCUCCGAAAGGCAACAGCGCUGUGUGGAGAUGCCGAAGAAGCGCUGCAGGCCCUCGAGGCGGCUGCGCCGUUUGCGGAGAAGCUGGCAGCCAGCGCCACUGCAGAGGUGCUUCAGCACUUGGAGCUUCUUUGCCAGAAGAUCCUGGCAGAAGACUUGCCUGCAUCCAGAUUGGUGUCUGCCCUGCAGGCAUGCGCUGAAGCCGGGCUGCCGUACGCUCCGCUCUGCUCUGCGGCGCUCAGCUUCGGGGAGUCCACGGCGUCUCAGGCGCUGCAGGUCUUGGAGUCCUGCUCCAAGCUGCGGCUGGCCGUGCCCGAGCUGCGACCGUGGUUGAUCAUGCUGCUCCAAAAGGGCCUGGACCGGCAGCUCUCGGCCAAUGGCUUGGCACGACUCCUUGCGGCAGCAGGGCGUUUGUCGUUGCUGGAGGCUGAGGAAGCGGCUGGAGUCUUGCGCAGGCUUGUUACAGUUGCCUCUCCGAUUCGGCCAAUGCAGCCGGACACCAUGGCAGCCCUAUGCGUGGGUUUAACCUUGGCACGGUGGAUGCCUUCCACCGGACACCCAGAUUUCUGGCAGGUGUCAUCUUGGCUGAGCAGCGUAGUGAAUCAACCGCUACGACCAGCACAGACUUCCGCAUUGCGGAACUUUGUGCUGGGGCUCAUGAUUCGCCCAGAGGGCCGCGCGGCUGUGGAGGGUUUGAGACCAGAUCUACAGCGCGGAAUCGCCCAAGCUGCGCAGGGCUUGGCACACCGACGCCCUGUGUCUGACACCACCUUGAAGUUCCGGCACGAGGCAGCAGAAGUCUUGAGGAGAGCUGGCCAGCUCUAUGACCUGGACAUCAGUUUGGGUGUUGGCUUUGUGGAUCUGGCCGUGCCUGGGCAGGACGGCGCGCUGUGGCUGCUGGAUGGCCCCGAGGCGUUCUGCAGACCCUUCCAGAGCGAUGGGGCGAAGACCAAGUUAGAGCUGGUCUCAGCGGAGAAGUUUCGCUCGGAGCUGUUCUUGGCCGUGCUGCAACCGGGAGCGGCACGAGAGAUGGUCGCUCAGCUGCAAGGAGGCAGCAACGAGUGCGUGGUAUGGAGAUGCCGACAGGCCUGCAAAGUUCGGCCCUGAAAAUGCUCAGACGAGAUACCCCUGGAUGGCUGGCCAGGAGGUGCGGCUUGCCCGGCUAGAUUGGUUAGAAUGGGGGCGCCUGCCUUCGCAAGCACGACUCGGUGCACUUGUGAAGCCUCAGCCCCGCAUCAUCGGGAAAAAUAUGGUUCUGAGGCGAGUUCUCACCAGUGCGUCAUACAGCGCAUGGGUCUCCAAAUUGGGGGGAGCCCG